GAAGCGUCGCGGGCUCCUGCGCGCUGUCUCCCCCGGCUCGGGAGCCCUAUGCCCGCCGCGCCACCAGCCGCCGCCUGUAGUCUCCAGCCCCGCGGCGCUUGCCGCAGUCGCCGGCAGCGGAUCACCCGCGAGCGCCCAGGUCUGGCCCGGCCCGGUCCGCGGCCUCCGGUACCCGGGAUCCCGCGGUGCCUCAGGGAGAAAGGAGACCUGCUUUCCGCCGCUGAGCUGCGCUCCUGCUCUUGGGCCACCCCAUUGCGACCCCCACGCGCGACAGCUCGUGAUCUAGCGUACUCACACGCCCACCCUCCUUAGAGAGACUGCUCCGGCCGGAAGGCGGGAGUUCGCCUCCUGCUCCCACCUCCCCAGCUGUGCCUCUGGGCAGGAGCUCCACCUCCAUUUUAUGGCAUCCCCGGUGGCUCUGUCCCAUCCCAAGGCUCUCAUCCAGCCCCAACCUAACUUUCAUUGACUGGGCGCAUCAGUACCCCUCCCCAAACUUCUUACCUGAGUACUCCAGGUGGCCCUGCCAUAGGAGGCGCCCCUACAAUCCCUCCCCGACCUCUUGUAAUUGCUGUUGGGUGACCUAAGAACCCCCUUUUGCCACCUACUCCACUGAGGUGCAGUUUUUAACCCAGUUGCCUUUCUCUUCCUUUGGCUUCACCCUGUAUCUGCAUUCACUAUAUCCCGUCCUGGUCCUCAACCCCAGUCCCCAUGGUUCCAGAGCCCGGCCCUGUCAACAGUAGCACCCCAGCCUGGGGCCCUGGGCCACCGCUUGCCCCAGGGGGCAGCGGUUGGGUGGCCGCCGCGCUGUGCGUGGUCAUUGUGCUGACGGCAGCCGCCAAUUCGCUGCUGAUCGUGCUCAUCUGUACGCAGCCCGCGCUGCGCAACACGUCUAAUUUCUUCCUGGUGUCGCUCUUCACGUCGGAUCUGAUGGUGGGGUUGGUGGUGAUGCCCCCAGCCAUGCUGAACGCGCUGUAUGGGCGCUGGGUGCUAGCUCGCGGCCUCUGUCUGCUUUGGACCGCCUUCGACGUGAUGUGCUGCAGCGCCUCCAUUCUCAACCUCUGCCUCAUCAGCCUGGACCGCUACCUGCUCAUCCUCUCGCCGCUGCGCUACAAGCUGCGCAUGACAGCCCCGCGUGCCCUGACGCUCAUCCUGGGUGCCUGGAGCCUCGCGGCGCUGGCCUCCUUCCUGCCCCUCUUGCUGGGUUGGCACGAACUGGGCAAAGCUCGAACACCUGCCCCCGGCCAAUGCCGCCUAUUGGCCAGCCUGCCUUAUGUCCUCGUGGCGUCCAGCGUCACCUUUUUCCUGCCUUCGGGUGCCAUCUGCUUCACCUACUGCAGGAUCCUGCUGGCUGCCCGCAAACAGGCGGUGCAAGUGGCCUCGCUCACCACGGGCACCGCUGGUCAGGCCUUGGAAACCUUGCAGGUGCCCAGGACACCACGCCCGGGGAUGGAGUCUGCUGACAGUAGGCGUCUGGCCACCAAGCAUAGCAGGAAGGCUUUGAAGGCCAGCCUGACCCUGGGCAUCCUGCUGGGCAUGUUCUUUGUCACCUGGCUGCCCUUCUUUGUGGCCAACAUAGCUCAGGCCGUGUGUGACUGCAUCUCCCCAGGCCUCUUUGACGUCCUCACAUGGCUGGGCUACUGCAAUAGCACCAUGAAUCCUAUCAUCUAUCCGCUCUUCAUGCGGGACUUCAAGAGGGCCCUGGGCAGGUUCCUGCCAUGCGUCCACUGUCCCCCGGAGCACCGGGCCAGCCCCGCCUCCCCUUCCAUGUGGACUUCUCACAGCGGUGCCAGACCAGGCCUCAGCCUGCAGCAGGUGCUGCCUCUGCCUCUGCCACCAAACUCAGAUUCAGACUCAGCUUCAGGGGGCACCUCAGGCCUGCAGCUCACAGCCCAGCUUCUGCUGCCCGGAGAAGCCACCCGGGACCCCCCGCCACCCACCAGGGCCACCACUGUGGUCAACUUCUUCGUCACAGACUCUGUGGAGCCUGAGAUACAGCAGCAUCCACUCAGUUCCCCCAUGAACUGACUAGGUCAAGAGCUGGCCGGCGGAGAGGGCCACAUUCCCAGAGAGCUCAGCCCACUCUCCCUAAGAGUGGGAGGUGGUAUGUCUCCUAAGACUGUGCUGAGCGUCAUGAGGUAUCCGCAGCUAGCCCCCAUCUUCUGCUGCAGGCUCCUUGACAGGAGGGGUGACCAGAAACACCUCUGUAGGGUACUCUGGUGUGAUGUUGCUUGCGGUUUGUAUAGUGUGUCUGGGGGUCUCAGAGCUGGGCCAUGUGGUUCAGGCCAGCAGAAAAACAAUCCAUCCUCAGCCCUUUCUCUCACGGUGGGUGGGAAGAAUGUAUCCAUCUAGACACCCCAGUUCCUGACUGGCCCAAUCCUGUUAUUCAAAGUCAAUCCUGUUAUUCCAAGUGCCAUCUAUGGGCUAUUGGGGUUCUCAUAUUCAAAGUGCCCACCCCUCUGCAGGUGUGGUGAAUCAACCUUGUACAUUUCCCAAGUAUACAUUUGAUGAACUUUCAGACCUGCCAACCCCUAGGCUGGGGGUUGCAACGCUAAAGAGCACCUUAGGCUGGAGGCCGGGCACCCAGAAAUACGACCCUGUCCUCAGCUGUAUACCGCAUUUCUGGGGCUUGGCAUGGGUCUCAAGGGAGAAUAGGAGUGAUAUUACCUUGUAAGACAAUGUGAAUGGUAUGUCCAGCACCUGUGAGGGGUCAUUGGGUGGUAAAUUCUGUUGCUUUAACCCUUGGUCAGCCAGGUUCUAGCUCUGGUGGAAGGCCAGCAAGUGUCCCUCCAUCCUUCCCCCAGCCUUCUCAUCUUCCCUCCCUCCCUCCCUCCCUCUCUCCCUCCCUCCCAUCUUUCCCCUUUUCCUCUUGUUUUGGUUUGUUCUAGACUCUCAAGUAACUCAUACUUCCCCAUGUGGCCAAGGAUGACCCUGAACUUGUAAUCUUCUUGCCUCUACCUUCCAGAUACUGGGGUCACAGGGAUGCGCCACACACCAGGUUAUGUGGUGCUGGGGGUGGAACUCAGGGCUUCAUGCAUUCUGGGAAAGCACUCUGCCAAUGGAGCUGUGUUCCCAGGGCCUCCCAGGUCAGCCUCACACAUACUAGGCAAGCGCUCUCCACUGGGCCACAUCUCAGUCUUAUUGUCUGUUCCAGCCAGAUUGGGCUCCCAGCCUUCUUGCUUUCUUGGGUGGAGACCGUACCACUCAGGGACUCUUUCCAGUCCCAUCCUGUCCUUCUGCCUCUAGAGGCCCAGGGGAUGGUGACAGAUUUUGUGCAACCUUAAGUGUGGGUUUCCUCCACACCAGCUUCCCCGAGAGGAAGCAGCUGAUGGAGGCACAACAACCCCUCAUCCUGCCUGCCCCGUUUGGUCCUCCCUAGGGUCACUGAAAGAAAGGACAGCUGCUUGGGUGGGCAGGGUACAGCUGAAGAGGGAUGAACGCCCCUGGCUUGGGGGUGGAGCCACAGACAGGCGGGUGGGCUCUGGUCUGGCAUGGGGCUUGCAUUUGUGGGUAAGGGCAGGGGACUCUUGGCUCCAUGCGUGGCCACACUGAAUUCUUCUUCAGCGUCAGGUCUUUCUUUGAGUACCAUCAACCCAGGCUCCCUGGCUCUCUCAGUGUGGCCAGGAGCUCUCCUUGGUGCUGACCAUGCUCAACUGGGCUCUGGUAGCAGGGCUCUGGUGCUUCCGGCUUUCUCCACCACUAGGCCUGCCUGAGGGACUCAAUAAACACAAGCUGAAGGA